AGUAGCGGAAGUAGUAGCUCUGUUGUCGGUAGCUUCUCGUUAUCAAAAGGUCAGAAACAACUGUUAAAACCGUCACAGUUAAAAGUCUUGAUUACAAUGUGUCCUGAAGAUUUACAGAGAAAGAGGGACGUUUAAAUAAAGAGGUUUAACUCUCAGUUAGUGGAGAUAAUAACGUGGUGCCUCUGUUAGCUCUGUUAGCUCUGUUAGCUCUGGUGUCAAAUCUGGGUUAGAGGGUCAGUGUCUGCCCACAGUCCGCUGCUAGCGUCUGAAGCUCUUUGGUUCUGUUAGCUUCUGUGGAUCUCAGUGAUGAUGCAGUGUGUCGGGAUGAACCUCCAGAAGAAGAGGAGACCAGACACAGACCCGUGGAGCUGCAGAGCGAAGCGUGUGUGUUUGGGGGCGGAGCUUCAGGAGUCUGAGUGUCCAAUGGAAACAUCGCUCACCUUCUCAGCGUCCAAUCAGCAGCCAGAGCAGCAGGUGUGUGUGGUUCAGUCCAGGUCUGCUCUCUGCUGCCCCCGCUGCCUCGCAGGAGAACCGGUUUUCGUUGUACACCUACACUGCUGCUGAUAGAGCUUUGAACCUCUGAAGCUGCUCUCAGACUCACUCACCUUCACCUGCUCCUGCUUCAGGGUCACAUCAAACACAUCCUGGGGCUGUGAGGAGCUGACAGCCCACAGGAAGUGAAGAAGAAGAGGCCCCCCCCCCCCCCUCGUGAUCAGCUGUGGACACUAAAGAGCUCAUCACUCCAGAUUCUGAUUGGUGUUCCUGUCUGUCAGUGAGCCUGAAGACCAAUGAGACGGAGCAGCAGAGGAGUUUUAUUUUGAAAAUCCCAUGAGAUUCCACUUCCUACAUCUGAUACUCAGGACCCAUAACAGACAAGUGUUUAUUAAGGGAUUCAUUGAUAUAGUCUGUCUCUAAGACAGAUUUCCAACCAGUGAAACCAGUUUAAAGAGUUCCUGUCAGACAGGAAGUCGUUAAAGGAUCGGCACUCAUUAAAGAGACGUAAUUAACGUGAUCUGUUCAGUGAGAGUCGAGCCUCGUCCUGUUUGUACAUUUCUAUUUUUAUAUCCUUUUUUAAAUCGGACUGAAUGUUAAGCAGCUUUCAGUUAAGAGCCGACCAAUCACAGCGCCUGUACCGCGAAUGAUUUCAAAAUAAAAGCUCUGAAUGAAAA